AUGGCGCUUAAGAAACGCGUAUCGAAAGCCUGUGACACUUGCCGUAAAUCCAAGACCAAAUGCGACGGAGAACGGCCGUGCCAACGAUGUUUGUCGGAAAAUAAGAUUUGUACCUAUUCAGACUGGUCAAUUGGGUAUUCGGAGGGUAAAUUGAAGCGACUUUACAAUCAAGAAUAUGUGGAUCUUUUGGAAACUCGAGUUUCCCUUUUAACCAAAUCGCUCGGACUGCUGUUCUUGGAAUUUGAUCGAUGUCUGGACUCCGGUGUAGUGACAAUUGAUGCGUCGCGCAUUGAAAAAUAUCGGCAAAUGCAGUACGACGCUCUGAUGUUACGUCAAGGUAUAGUGCCGACACCUGCGAAUGUAGAUGGUUCUACGGUUUCGGGUGGGAUUUCAGAAAGCACAAGUGACGCAGCCGAAGUUUGGGCUCGGCUUUAUAGAAACCGAAGGAUGUUCAUAAAUCCAACAACUCGAAAAUUGAAUAUUAACCAAGUCGUUUAUUCGAUUAUACCCACCAACGUGGACAUGGCGACGAAAUCUGUCAAUUUUACGGCCUGCUCUGAAGCAGAAAUGCAAGAUUUACGAACAAUUGUAGGAAAAUCCAAAAUGGGACCCGAUGAUAUUUCUCCAGAAGUCGCUGACCGGUACCUCGGCCAUGGUUAUGUUACUAAGGACAAUCUUUUCACAUUAGACUGUUCCCAAGAUGGGAUUCCUCUUAAUGUCACAUCUCAGCCAUCUAUGUUGAGAAAACGACGCAAAUCAUUUGGACCCGAAAAUGGCAAUUCAGAGCUGGUGUUUCAGAAGCCAGCUUCAAAUCCACCUCAAUCGAAUUUAAGUCUCAAUAAGCUUUCAUCAGAAACAAAUUGGUAUGAUAACUUCCAAGAUGAUCCCCAAUCGAUGCCACAUCCUGAUCAAGCGCAAGCGGCAACUGUCACUGCAUUUUAUCGAGAUUUCCAUUCCACUACACCGGAAAUGAAUGCUUCGAAUGAAGAAAACAUGGCACACUACCAACAAGAUUCUUUGGAAAACGUUCACAUUGGUAUAAAACCAAUCAAUAAAUCACCAGUGUAG